CUGCGGACGGUGCGACGUGCCAUGUGCCAAACUCGUAGGAAUAGCAGGUCCUUCUUCCAGCUAAGCGCGCAUGGUGAGUGGUAUAUCUUGCAUCUCGAGUGCCGCCUGUUUGGAAGCAGCAUCACACAACAGCAUCAGCAUCAACAACAGCGUAGCAUCCAUUGGAUAGAAAGACCAUCAGUCCCACUACUCCCCAUCAGAUCUCCACAUCAGAUAGGAGAACAAGUACCGGAAGUCGGCCAAAUCAUGUCCAUCGCAACAAUCAAAGCUCUCACAGGCAUUGGUGCACUUGCAUCAUUGCCCAUGGGCGUAGCAUAUAUCAUGACAGCGGACCAUUCAGCCCUUUCAUGGGGGACCAGUGCUGCUCACCGUAUAGAGAACCGAUUCAAGGUCUUUGAUGAUCGCGCCACGGACUCCUUACCCGCAGAGCGACGAAGGCAUCGACACCAGAAGAUCCGCGAGGCAAUGGCUGCCGACCUGUCAAAGACGAAUGUGGCGCUGUGAGAGUUAACUGUGGGACGACGGCGGGUCCUGUCUCGAUCGCACAUGAAAGCAGUGAAGUGCGUUGACAGGCAUUGUCGCAGGAGUUCGGGAGGUGCCUAUUGUUUUGGAGAUACCAUUGUACCGGUUUGAUAUAUUUUGCAGUUGUAAUGGAGCAAGAGCUCUUCGGCCUUCACAC